AUGUUCAGAAAUCCUCGAGAAAAUGCAACUCUAGAUGCAUCGAAAGCGGUUCUCCCGUCGACUGGCCGCCCUCCGACUCCGCCACACAACGCUGGCAGCAAGCAAGUAACCUCCUCUCCAUACUUUGCCUCGCCAUCGUCCGCUGCAACUAAGGCUCGCCCAAUGUCCAAGACCCCGAUCCUCGGUCGCCAAUCAGCGUCAAGAAUACCCAGCUCGAAGAAGAGUAGCUUUCGCCAGAAUCAGAGUAUUCUUCAAUUCUUCGGGAAGACAGACAAUAAGAAUGAGGUAGACGCAAAAUCGAACGUACCUCUAUUUUUCAAAGAUUCAAAUCAGAGCUUUGAAGAGCACAGGGUCUCCGACCGGACUGAAAACACCUUCCAUGAGGCUGACUUUACAAGAUUCAAUGAGGACGAAGGCCCGGUCAAGAGACGGCGUACUACCGACGAAGAUGGCGACUUAAUCGUUCGUACGCCCUCUCCUGAGCGCAAAGGUCCGGUGCCUGAGCUUGGUACAAGAAGACAGUCUUACACUGACCCUAAGCCUGUGAAAGAAAGGAAGCAAGUGGGUGGGUUCCUGGAUGACUCCAGUGAUGAGGAAGAUGAGGGCUGGGUGGGUGCUGUUGACGACAGUCUUGAACGAAACCCAGCUCCGAGUGAGGUAGAAGAAUUCGAGUCGGAUAGCAAGGACGACAUUGACCCCGGCACAGGAAUCGCUGCCAUUGACGUCGCCAUGAAGUUACCAGAUCUAGAGAAUGAGGAAGCUCCAGACCAUGAUCGGCAUGAGCGUACGAGCGGCGUAGGCGUUGUUCCGGAACUAUCCCAUGAAGAGACCAGCAUGUUCAACGCCGGAGAUUUUGGUGAAGAUGAUUUUGAAGAGGACGAAUUUUAUGAGGAUGGAGAGGAAUUCCUCGAACGAAGAUGGAUGGAGGAGCAACGAGAAAUGGGUCUGACUUUUGAUGAGGAUUCAAAGUCUGAAAGCGGAGCGGACAGUGUGCGAACGCCUCGAAGUAUCAUAGAAGGUGAUUUUCCGAUUGAAGCCGAACAAACUGACAACGUUUCUCUCUGCCCCAUCUGCAAUGGCAGCCUGCAAGGUUUGUCCGAAUCCCAAGCAUCCUCCCACGUCAAUGCUUGCCUCGAUGGCACAGCCGAUCCUCUGCCUAAGGAGAACACCUCGGUCCCUGAGAUACCAAGGUUAGCAAACUCUAGCCCGGCUCCAGAAGUAGCAGGCACAAAACGCUUCCAGCGUGCUGCAGUUGCCCGUCCGGCACAAUCAAAUCCCUUCUCCAUUGGAGCUGAUGUCAAGGAUGGCUCUGCCUUUACUCGUCUGAUGUCCGGACACGCUGAAGACGCUGCGUGGGCAGAGGCAGCUGCGCACGAAUCACGAUCUCGGGGAAAGCCGGCGUAUCAACGGACGUGUCCCUUUUACAAGAUAAUGCCAGGAUUCUAUAUUUGCGUUGAUGCAUUUCGCUAUGGCAAGGUGGAAGGUCAGAACGCCUAUUUCCUCAGCCACUUCCACAGUGACCAUUACAUUGGUCUUACAUCGUCAUGGUGUCAUGGACCUAUUUAUGCCAGCAAGGUCACUUGCAAUUUGAUGUUGCAACAAUUGAAGGUUGAUCCAAAGUGGGUCGUUCCUCUCGAAUUCGAGAAGAAGGUCGAGGUUCCCAAUACCAACGGAGUAUCUGUGACCAUGAUUCCAGCUAACCAUUGCCCCGGGUCAUCUCUGUAUCUGUUCGAGAAGGUCACCGGAAAGAACAGAGAUGGCACGCCAAAGACAACGCGUAUCUUGCAUUGUGGCGACUUCCGCGCCUGUCCAGCGCAUGUCAAUCACCCUCUUUUGCAACCUGACGUGAUGUGCAGUAUCACGGGACAGGCUAAGCAGCAAGUGAUCGACACUUGCUACCUCGAUACCACAUAUUUAACGCCAAAGUACUCUUUUCCUAGCCAGUCUGAUGUUAUCGACGCAUGUUCCCAGAUGUGCAUCAGCUUGUCGAAAGAAAUAGUGGAUUUAAACGACGAUUGGGAACGCACGAAGGCAGACCGGGCUGGUAGCACAAUGAAAAAAUUCCUCGAGCAGGGCGAGGAUGCUUUGCCGAAGCAGGAAGGAGACGAAUCCAAUACAAAGCCGAAGAGGCGAGGGCGCCUGCUCGUUGUGAUUGGAACUUAUUCCAUCGGCAAAGAGCGCAUAUGUCUGGGUAUUGCGAAAGCCAUGGGGUCUAAGAUAUACGCACCUCCUGCAAAGAUGCGCAUAUGCAAGUGUCUGGAGGACGACGAGCUGAACGCCCGACUAACGUCGAACCCGCUCGAGGCGCAGGUGCACAUGCAGACGUUGAUGGAGAUCCGCGCAGAGACGCUGCACGAGUACAUGACAAGCUACAAAGGGCACUUUGCCCGUGUUGUGGGUUUCAGACCAACAGGCUGGUCAUAUCGACCGCCUACGUCUCGAUUUACUGAGAACCCAGCUGUCAAUACAGUCUUGACCUCAGAUGGCUGGAAGAGCAGAUUUUCUAUGCGCGACUUGGCUCCUCAGAGGGGAAGCACGAGAGAGUCCAACUGUUUCGGAGUGCCAUAUUCGGAGCACAGCUCGUUCAGAGAGUUGACCAUGUUCUGUUGCGCUCUGAGAAUCAAUCGUGUCAUUCCAACCGUCAAUGUGGGCAGUGCAAGGAGCAGAGAGAAGAUGAAAGGUUGGAUCGAGAAGUGGGAAGCGGAGAAGCGAAAGAAUGGCCUUUUCAAGGUAGAAGUCGGCGCAGAUGGGUGGGGAAGUGGUGACGGGAAGUUGAGAUACGGAGUAUGA